GAAGAUCGAAACGUGUGCGAUAAUUAGUUGUGAUUUUAUAAAUUUAUUAACAAAGUAAUCGGACAUAAUUUCCGCGAAUGGAGCAAAUCGAGCAGCGUGCCGUCAUUAAGUACCUCCAUAAGAAGGGGCUAUCAUCAAAAGCCAUCCAUGAUGACAUGGUCAGUACAUUAGGCGAUUGUGCUCUGUCAUAUUCAUCCGUCAAAAAAUGGAUAGCAGAAUUUAAGCGUGGUAGAGAGAGUGUGAAAGAUGAACCCCGCUCUGGAAGGCCUUCGACGUCAACUACUGACGAAAAUAUUAAAAAAGUACUUGAUUUAAUAAUGGGAGACCGCAGAUUAAAAAUUAGAGAGAUAGCCGAGAUUAUAGGCAUCUCUUAUGAACGAACUCAAAACAUCAUUGUCAACGAGUUGGGUUUCCACAAGGUGUCUGCGAGGUGGGUUCCGCGACUGCUUUCAGUUGAACAAAAAAGGACGCGAUUGACUAUUUCACGCGACUGUUUGGAGUUAUUUGAAGCCGAUGCAGAUGAUUUUUUGAAUCGUUUUGUUACUAUGGACGAAACAUGGGUUCAUUACUGUACACCGGAAACAAAAACAAAACAACAAUCAAAACAGUGGAGAAGACCUGGUUCACCACUUCCUAAAAAGGCUAAAUCGAUUUUGUCGGCAAAUAAGGUGAUGGCUUCAGUAUUCUGGGACUCGAAAGGUGUGAUUAUGAUUGAUUAUCUUGAAAGGGGUCAGAAUAUAAACUCUGAUUACUACUGCACCUUACUACGUCGUUUACGAGAGGAAAUAAAAGAAAAACGUCGAGGAAUGCUCAGAAGAAAAGUCCUGUUUCAUCAAGAUAACGCCCGUGAUCACACGUCAGUACAGUCAAUGGCUGAAAUUCACAACUGUGGCUUUGAACUGUUACCGCAUCCGCCGUAUUCACCUGAACUGGCACCAUCAGACUUCUUUCUGUUCCCUAACCUAAAAAAGCACUUGGGAGGGCAAAGGUUUUCGACAAACGACGAGGUCAAAGCAGCUGUAGACGCCUAUUUUGACUCUAAGGAAGAAUCAUUUUUUUUCAACGGUCUAAAUGCUUGGAAGGGGAGGUGGCAAAAGUGUAUUGAACUUGAUGGUGAUUAUGUAGAAAAAUAAAAAUAUAACUCAUUUAGUAUUUGUUUAUUUUCUUGGUUAGGCCGAGUACUUUUCAAUCCACCCUCGUAAAUUGCACAAGGACAAACAUCCAGACCCGAAACAAUUAUUUGUAGGCCAUACAAAUACUUGUUCCGUGCGGGAUUCGAACCCGCGGCCCUCAGCGCAGCAACUGAUUGCUAAGCCACGGAGCCGUCAAAUAUUAUGCCAUCCAUAGCAAAAGAGCAUCUACCUAAGUAGUUUUUACAAGAUAAAACACCACACUUCAUUCUUUAAGUGCACUGGCCGAACGCCGACAGUAUACUAAUUAAAGCCACGCCCACUGUGAUGACGUCAGGACAUUGAAUCACAGUGCACAGUUGCUUAGGCAGAUACAGACGGAUGGAUACAGAGUCAAUAUUUGUUUCCAUGUGGCGUGCGAAAAAAUUGUUUAAAAUACAUGUGUUCAGAACAAAUGAACUGAAAUUAGAAAUAAACACAUAAUAAGCCAAUAUGUAACUACCACUUUGUAAUGAUUACAUUUAUGUUUUUAGAAGAACAUAACAAAAUUAGAAAAAUAACUUUAUUCAAUUGAAAAGUAUCAUGCAAAAUCCUGGAUCUAUAGUAACUUACUUAGUUAAACAAAAUCAAUGAAAAAUGAAAAGCAAAAUCAAAAUUUAUGGUUAAAGAAUUCUUUGAUAUUAUAAAAAGCUUUUUAUAAUAUUUUAUUAACCACUGCUUUAAACUUCUUUUCAUUCGUCUUAAUGACUGUUCACGAAUAUUUUUAGGAACUUUAUUACAUACCUUGAUUGAUACACAUUAAGAGACAAUUCCUGUGGAAUAAUGUAGUUUUACAAGAUGGCAUCAGUAAAUGUGUCGGAUCUCUUAUUGUUACAAGUUUAUUACGUUCCUGCAUGGUAACAAAUUGAUUAGAAUUAUUUUUAACGAAAACGCAGAUUUCUAAUAUAUAUAACCCAGUUAAAGUGAGAAUAUUUUUGUUUUUCCUUAAACAGGGGUCUACAGCUCUCAAGAGCGCCUACGUUACACAGUGCAUAAUAAAUCAACUAUUUAAUAUUAAUCUUUUAGAAGAUUUGCCGAUUUGAAGACCUUGUUUCUUGAUCUGGGUAUAAAAUUCAAAGGAAGCAUAACAUACCCAAAUACACAAUACAUCAAGAUUUAAACAUCAUAGUAGCACUAUAUUAUUCCCAUAUAUUUUUAGGAUAGGAUAUAGAUUUUUAAAUCAUGUAUUUUUGCAAAUUCAAUUAUGACCUAUGAAUAAAAUAAUAGCUUAUACCUAUUUAUUUGAUGAAUUCAAUGAAUACUAUAACCAAAUUUGUAAAAAGUACAUAAUAUCUAGUAUAGUAGUAUAUUGCAAACUUGAAAGGAAGAAAAAUAUACAAUAUUGCAAAAAUUGUGGCAGAGGAUGAAACAUGUCAAUUUGUAUUAUUUUUAAUUAAGCAGGAGGAAGAGCAUGAGGGUAGCCUUGGUGCAAACACAGACUCAGAUGCAGAGUUCGAACAAAUGUUGGCUGAAGCAGAAGAACCCAAACCGCCCACAGCAACUGCUUCUGAAGAGAGUGUUCAACCAAAGGAGGAAGACCCAAAUGCUCCACCACAGCCAAAGAAAAAGGCAAAGACAAAAAUUGGCAAUAAGAGC